GUAUUCAAACGUUGUGAAAAUUUAAAUACUAAAGAAAAUGAGUGUCUCAGAGCACUAGUCGGCGAUAAGAAAGAGGUAUUUGCUUCAUGUGUUGUGCAAUUAUUUCUGACAAAUAAGACACAUACAGAUUGGAUAAAACAUGCAACCGGGAUCCUUUGCUUCGUGAAAGACUACACUUUAGAAAGUUACUUUUUCAGAUUAUUUGAUACGCAUAAAUUAUGUCUAAUUUGGGAACAUCAAAUAUACCAAAACUUGCUCUAUGUAAAGGAAAAACCCUUUUUCCACAGUUUCGAAGGAAAUAAUUGCAUCGUAGGAUUUAACUUUGCUUUUCCGAAAGAAGCAAAGUUAAUGAAAAGAGAGGUAUACAAAUAUGAAAAUAUUGUUUUUGAAAAGGAGAAAAGCAUUUGGAAGAAAAUAAUUCCAGAUUCUAAAAAGAAAAAUAUAAAUAAAAAGGAUAUUGGAAGUCCGAUCUGUUUCGAACAUCUCGCUCACACAGGUUUAAAUAAUUCUUUUAACAUUAGCGAUAAUCCAAUGGUCGCAGAAAUACUUAAGGAAGCGGGCAUAAAUAAUAUUCAUAUGACAGACAAAAAAACCCGUCAAAUGGUUUACAGUGUUAUUAUAGAUAAUAUGGAAAACAUAAAGAAACGAAAGGCUAAAAGAAAAGCACCGCCACCACCAACAACGCCAAGUUGUGUACCACAGAGAAUGUCUCCAAAACAUAAUAUUGCCAUUCCUGAACCUCCUCCAUUGGAAAAUCUACCUACAAUACCUAUGCCUCCGCCUCCUCCAUUACUAAACACAGUCUCUAUACCUGCACCUCCUAAAAUAAGAAAUUUAAGUAAUGAAGAAGAGAAUGCAAUACCGGCAGAAAAUGAUAAUCGAUCAGCACUAUUGGAAAGCAUAAGGAAUGGACGAAAGCUUAAGCCAGUUGAUAUAAAUUCCACGCCCAAGACCAGCAUAGACGACACCGACAGAUCUAAUAUGAUAAAGAUUUUGAUGGAUGUCUUGUCUAAGAGGGAAAAGGCUUUACAAUCAAGCAGUGACGAGUCGAAUUCUGAAGAUGACUGUGAAUGGGAUGAAUAAUUAAACACAUUAAA